UCAAAAAAGUGACACCACUGACGGUCCAUCUCUAAUAUUGAACAAACAAACUUUACUUCUUCGUUAAACCGUGUUUUUUUCUGAAGUUUAACCCACCUAUUAGAAAAAAUGUCGCAAGAGGUCGAGGAGACACUCAAGAGGAUCCAGAGUCACAAAGGUGUUGUGGGUACAAUUGUGGUCAACAAUGAAGGUAUUCCGGUCAAAUCCACGCUGGACAAUACGACAACCGUCCAGUACGCUGGUCUAAUGAGUCAGCUGGCUGACAAGGCUAGAAGUGUGGUGAGAGACUUGGACCCUUCGAACGACAUGACAUUCCUGCGAGUACGAUCCAAGAAGCACGAGAUCAUGGUGGCGCCCGACAAGGACUUUAUCCUGAUCGUCAUCCAGAACCCGACCGACUAAACGUUCUGGUGCUUUGGGAUUAUAACGCUGAAAUUAUCUACUGCACAUUUAUAUACAUAUAUACAUUGAAAUUGUCUGCGAGCGAGAGUUAAAUUAUAAUGUACUGUAAUUGUACUUGAUUAAAGUAAAUUAAAAGUUA